AUGACGGACCGCGGACCUGUUUUCCUGUUGGAGUUGUGGACCGCCAUGGCAUGCCUGAUGGGGACAUUGCUACGCGCCACCACCUCCUACAACCCGGCGGCUAACGGCAUGGUGGAAAGGUUCCACCGAUCUCUCAAGGCUUCCCUAAUGGCAUGCUGCACCGGCGAGGACUGGAAGAGCCAACUACCGUGGGUCCUCCCCGGCCUCCAGACCGCCCCUCGGGCGAAUGGCGAAGCAUCACCUGCGGAGAAGGUAUACGGGGAACCAUUGGCAGUCCCAGGCGAGUUCUUCCCGACCAAAGCCGACGACACAGACGUCUCCAUCACCAGACUUCGGGAAUCCGCCGGAAAAUUCACGCCCUGCGUCAAGACCUUCUCCGACAGAACCAAACACUUCCUCCCGAAGCCCCUAUUAUCCUGCAAACACGUCUUCAUCAGGGACGACACCCUCCGCCCGCCACUAACAAGACCCUACCGAGGCCCCUUCUGCGUCCUCCGACGCACCGAUAAGGCGUACUUCAUAUCCAUAAAAUGGUCGCAAGGACUGGGUUACGAUCGACUGACUGAAACCAGCUUUCCUGAUGGAUGA